AGAGGAGAGCUCAGCCAAGGUCAAGGCCAUAUCUCCAGACAGACAUGGGGGCUGGGCUCAAGGGCAGCCAUCUUGUCUGUGACCACAAGGGAGGCUCUUCUGCAACAUGGGAGAAGAAGAAGCCAGAUGCACCCCAGUGUCCUCCCUGGGCCUCCUCUUCUGCCUGUGGCUCUGCUAAUGUCAUUUCCUGGAGAAGCUCUGGCCAUGGCUUGGCUCCUGCUUCUGCUGCUAUCAGCAUGUCUGCAAGCUGGGAACUCAGCAGGAUCCAACAGAGAAAAUUCCUAUGGGGUGAACCAGCCAGCAUGUCUCUCUGGUGUCCAGGGCAGCUCCAUUGAGAUCCCAUUCUCCUUCUCCUUCCCCUGGAGGUUGGCAGAGAAUCCUCAGAUGAGAAUAACGUGGAGAUGGAAGCACUACCAUGGGGAAUUUAUCUACAACUCCACCCCGCUUUUCAUACAUGCGCAUUUCAAGAACAGGCUCACCCUGGACUGGACACUGGGUCAGACAUCCAGAGUUUUCAGAAUUUGUGACUUGAAGGGGGAUGAGCAGGCCACAUACUUCUGCAGAGUUUAUGUGCAAACGACAGAAGGCAUGAAGCUGUGGCAGUCGAUUGAGGGGACCCAACUCAUGAUCACCAAUGAUGAGUACCCCCCAUGUCAGAAUUCAGUGGCCCCAAAAGAAAUCGUUUUAUCCAAUCAUUUACCCACAAUCAGUGCAGAGAUGGCACAACAUGAGAAGUACUUGCAACAGUAUUGA